GCGGAGGAGCGAAGGCUGAAAGGCGCUUUCCAAGAUGCCGGAUAGCCGAUCGAAGCGAACGAUUCUUUUGGUAUUGACCCUUUGUUCUGGAGCAGGAGUCUGGGGUUCUCAACCCCGCGGGGAAAAAAGUAAAAGGCAAACGCAGCAUAUCGUUCAGCCCUCUCUGCCGGUCAGCCAGAACAAACAGGGAUGCUAUGACAAUGGACAACAUUAUCAGAUAAACCAGCAGUGGGAACGCAUUUACUUGGGGAACCCUCUAGUCUGCACUUGCUAUGGUGGCAGUCGAGGAUUCAGCUGUGAAAGCAAGCCUGAGCCGGAAGAAACCUGUUUUGAUAAAUACACUGGGACUACUUACCGAGUAGGGGAAACCUAUGAACGGCCAAAGGAUUCCAUGAUCUGGGACUGUACUUGUAUUGGGGCUGGGCGUGGAAGAAUCAGUUGCACUAUUGCAAAUCGAUGUCAUGAAGGUGGGCAGUCCUACAAGAUUGGUGAUACCUGGCGCAGGCCUCACGAGACAGGAGGCUACAUGUUAGAAUGUGUGUGUCUUGGCAACGGGAAGGGUGAAUGGACUUGCAAGCCAGUUGCUGAGCGGUGCUAUGAUAAUACAGCUGGGACGUCAUACGUUGUUGGAGAAGUUUGGGAAAAGCCAUAUCAGGGCUGGAUGAUGGUGGAUUGCACUUGCCUUGGAGAAGGCAGUGGGAGGAUUACUUGCACUUCCAGAAACAGAUGCAAUGAUCAGGACACCAAGACCUCUUAUCGAAUUGGAGACACCUGGAGCAAGAAGGAUAACAGAGGAAAUCUACUUCAGUGCAUCUGCACAGGGAAUGGCAGAGGGGAAUGGAAAUGUGAAAGGCAUUCCUCUUUGCAAGCCACAGGUGUAGGAAGUGCAUCUGCAACUAUCACAGAUGUACGAACUGCACUUUACCAACCACAGCCCCAGCCUGCUCCUUUUGGGCAUUGUGUAACUGACAGUGGUAUGGUGUAUAUCCUGGGAAUGCAGUGGCUUAAGGCACAGGGAAGCCAGCAUAUGCUUUGUACUUGUCUGGGCAAUGGAAUCAGCUGCCAGGAAACAGCUGUGACCCAGACUUAUGGUGGCAAUUCCAAUGGAGAGCCUUGCGUUUUCCCAUUCACAUAUAAUGGAAGGACUUUUUAUUCAUGUACUUCCGAAGGACGUCAUGAUGGGAAUCUCUGGUGCAGUACAACCUCCAACUUUGACCAGGAUAAGAGCUACUCCUUUUGUACAGAGCAAAAUGUGUUGAUUCAGACACGUGGUGGAAAUUCCAAUGGUGCCCUGUGUCACUUUCCUUUCCUUUAUAAUAAUCGGAAUUACACUGAUUGUACUUCUGAAGGACGAAGAGAUAACAUGAAGUGGUGUGGAACUACCUCAAACUAUGAUGUUGAUCAGAAGUUUGGAUUUUGUCCCAUGGCAGCUCAUGAAGAAAUUUGUACGACAAAUGAGGGUGUUAUGUAUCGUGUUGGAGACCAAUGGGACAAACAGCAUGAUAUGGGCCAUAUGAUGAGAUGCACUUGUGUGGGAAAUGGACGUGGAGAAUGGACCUGCAUUGCAUAUUCCCAGCUCAGAGAUCAGUGUAUAGUUGAUGGGAUCACAUAUGAUGUUAAUCAGACUUUUCAUAAACGUCACGAAGAAGGACACAUGCUGAACUGUACAUGCUUUGGCCAAGGUCGGGGGAGAUGGAAAUGUGAUCCUGUUGACCAGUGUCAAGAUUCAGAAAGCCAGACCUUUUACCAGAUUGGGGAUUCAUGGGAGAAGCAUGCCCAUGGAGUGAGAUAUCAGUGCUACUGUUAUGGCCGGGGUAUUGGAGAAUGGCACUGCCAACCUUUGAAUACAGGUUCCCCUGGUCAUCCUGUUCAGGUGAUUAUCACAGACGUUCCAAUUCAGCCUGAUUCUCAUCCUAUCCAGUGGAUUGCACCUGAGUCCUCUCACAUUUCCAAUUAUAUUCUUCGCUGGAAACCGAAAAAUUCUGGAGUGCAAUGGAAAGAAGCUAAAAUUCCAGGCUAUUUAAAUUCCUACACAAUCUCAGGUCUGAAACCUGGUGUCCUUUAUGAGGGACAGCUUAUAAGUGUGCAGCAUUAUGGUCAGAGAGAAAUCACCCGUUUUGAAUUCACUACCUCUAGUACAACAGCUAUUUCAUCUAGUCAUGUGGCGGGAGAAACAACAGCCCUUCCCUCUGUCGUCUCUAUUUCUGAAUCUGUCACAGAAAUCACAGCUAAUAGCUUUGUAGUCUCUUGGGUUUCUGCCUCAGACACUGUGUCAGGAUUUCGUGUGGAAUAUGAACUGAGUGAAGAUGGUGAUGAACCUAAAUAUCUUGAUCUUCCAAACACAGUCAGUUCGGUUAGCAUUCCUAACUUGCUUCCGGGUCGUAGCUACAUUAUCAAAGUCUAUCAAAUUUCAGAGGAAGGAGAGCAAAAUCUAAUUCUUUCAACAACACAGACAACAGCACCUGAUGCUCCUCCUGAUCAUCUUGUAGAAAAUGUUGAUGAUACGUCAAUUCUUGUCAGCUGGAGCAGACCAGAAGCUCCAAUCACAGGUUACCGGAUUGUUUAUACUCCUUCGGUGGAAGGUAGCAGUACAGAACUCAAUCUCCCUGAAUCUGCAACAUCUGUGACACUCAGUGACUUGAUGCCUGGUGUUCAGUACAAUAUCAGUAUUUAUGCUGUGGAAGAGAACCAGGAAAGCACUCCUAUUUUCAUUCAGCAGAAAACUACAGGAGUGCCAAGGGCAGAUGAGAUUCAUCCUCCACAGCAACUUCAAUUUCUGGAAGUUGCCAGUGACAAAAUCACCAUCAUGUGGAGCCCCCCUGACAGUGCAGUGAUUGGCUAUCGUGUGGAGGUUAUUCCAGUUAACCGCCCUGGGGAACAUGGUCAGAGACUACCCGUUAGCAGAUAUACAUUUGCUGAGGUCACCGAACUUUUGCCUGGAACAACAUACAUUUUCAAGAUCUACGCUAUAGGACAAAACACAGAAAGUGAACCAUUAACUGGAGAACAAACAACAAAACUUGAUGGCCCAACCAAUUUGCAGCUUGUCAAUGAGACACCUUCUACUGCACUAGUCACAUGGAAGCCCCCGCGAGCUCAUAUUGCAGGAUACCAACUUACUGUGCAGCCUACCACAGAUGGUCAUCCAAAGCAAUACACUGUGGGGCCAUCAGCCACCAAGUAUCUGCUGAGGAAUUUGCAGCCUGGCUCUGAGUAUACUGUGUCUUUAGUGGCUGUUAAGGGUAACCAAAAGAGCAAUCCAGAAAUGGGAACCUUCACAACAUUGCAAUCCAUAGGCUCAAUUCCUCCCUAUAACACUGAAGUGACAGAGGCAUCCAUUGUUGUUACCUGGAUACCUGCACCUAGACUUGGAUUUAAGCUAGGGGUGAGACCAAGCCAAGGUGGAGAAGCUCCAAGGGAGGUCAUCUCAGAAUCUGGAAGCAUUGUUAUAUCUGGCCUAACUCCUGGUGUAGAAUAUAUCUACAGCAUUAAUGUUAUUAAGGAUGGUCAAGAAAGAGCAACACCUAUCGUCAAGACAGUAGUCACACCACCAUCUCCUCCCACAAACUUGAACCUUGAUUCUAACCCUGACACUGGAAUCCUUACUGUUUCUUGGAAAAAAAGCACUACUCCAGACAUCACUGGAUACAGAAUUACAACAGUCCCUACAAAUGGGCAAGAAGGCUACACUCUGGAGGAGCAAGUGCAAGCAGAAGAUACAUCCUGCAUUUUUGAAAAUCUGAGUCCUGGUGUGGAAUACAAUGUCAGUGUUUACACACUUAAAGAUAAUCAAGAGAGUUUGCCCAUCUCUGAAACCACCACACAAGAGGUACCCCAGCUUACUGACUUAAGCUUUGUUGAUGUAAGUGAUACAAGCAUCGGCCUAAAGUGGACCCCAAUAAAUACUUCUGCCAUUAUUGGUUACCGCAUCAAAGUAAUUGCCACAGGAGAAACUGUCCCCAUAUUUGAAGAUUUUGUGGAUUCUUCAGUAGGAUACUACAUGGUUACAGGCUUGGAGCCAGGCAUUGAUUAUGAAAUCAGUGUAAUCACACUCAUUAAUGGCGGAGAGAGUGUCCCUACUACGCUGAUUCAACAAACGGCUGUUCCUCCACCAACGGAUCUCCGUUUCACCAAUGUGGGAUCUGAUACUGUAAGAGUAACCUGGACUCCACCAGCAUCUAUUGAAUUGAGCAGCUUCUUGGUUCGCUUCUCACCCAUGAAGAACAAGGAGGAUGUUGCAGAACUUUCCAUUUCACCUUCGGACAGUGCCGUGGUUUUAACAAAUCUCCUUCCUGGCACAGCAUACUUGAUCAAGGUCUACAGUGUAUAUGAACAACAUGAGAGUAAACCUCUGAGUGGAGAGCAGAAAACAGGUCUUGAUUCCCCCACUGGACUGGAUUUUUCAGAGAUAACAGCCCAUUCUUUCACUGUCCAUUGGAUUGCCCCCCGCGCCCCCAUCUCUGGCUAUAAAAUACGCCAUCACCUUGAACAAGGUGGAAGUAGACCCAAAGAAGUCCGUGUUGCACCAUCUCGCAACUCCAUCACUCUCACAGAUUUGAUUCCAGGGUCAGAGUAUGUGGUUAGUGUAUCUGCCUUUUAUGGCAAAGAAGAGAGUUUGCCCUUAAUUGGACAGCAAAGUACAGUUUCUGAUGUCCCAAGAGAUCUACAUGUGACUGCUACUGGUCCCACUAGUCUAGUCAUCUCCUGGGAUGCACCUGCUGUUACAGUUCGAUACUACAGGAUCACAUAUGGAGAAACAGGUGGCAGUGGGCCUGUUCAAGAGUUCACUGUUCCUGGUCAUGUCUCCACUGCUACGAUUCCUGGUCUUAAGUCUGGAGUAGAUUAUACCAUUACUGUGUAUGCUGUCACUGGGCGAGGGGACAGUCCUGCCAGCAGCGAACCUGUCAGCAUAAAUUACCGAAUAGAGGUUGAUACACCAUCGCAGCUAGAAGUUACUGAUGUUCAAGACAACAGCCUUACAGUGCGGUGGCAGCCUUCUUCCCCAGUGACUGGUUAUAGAGUGACAGCUACCCCCAAGGAUGGCCAUAGCCCCACAAAAACUAGAGUUCUUUCUGCAGAACAAACAGAAGUCACAAUUGAUGAACUACAACCUACAGUUGAGUAUGUGGUUAGUGUCUAUGCCCAAGGGCCAAAUGGAGAAAGCCAGCCUUUGGUUGAGAAAGUUGUUACAAACAUUGACCGUCCUAAAGGACUGGCAUUCACUGCAGUGGAUGUUGAUUCCAUCAAAAUUGCUUGGGAAAGCCCACAGGGGCAAGUCACCGGAUACAGGGUGACCUACUCAACCCCUGAGGAUGGAAUCCAGGAACUAUUCCCUGCUUCAGAUGGUGAAGACGACACUGCGGUGCUGCAUGGCCUCAGGCCGGGUUCUGAGUAUACUGUUUACAUUGUUGCCUUGCACAAUGACUUGGAAAGUCUACCUUUGAUUGGGACCCAGACCACAGCAAUCCCACCUCCUACAAAUCUGAAAUUUAUUCAGGUUGCUCCAACAAGUCUCACACUAACUUGGACUGCACCAAAUGUGAAGCUUACUGGAUAUCGAGUGAGAGUAAAUCCCAAGGAAAAGAAUGGCCCAAUGAAAGAAAUUAAUCUUGCUCCAGAUAGCACAUCUGCUGUUAUCUCUGGACUAAUGGUGGCAACUAAAUAUGAAGUUAGUAUCUAUGCACUGAAGGAUUCUUUGACCAGCAGACCUACCCAAGGUGUAGUUAAUACUCUGGAAAAUGUUAGUGCUCCCCGUAGGGCUCGUGUCACAGAUGUCACAGAAAGAACCAUCACAAUUACCUGGCGCACCAAGACAGAGGCAAUCACAGGUUUCCAGAUAGAUGCCGUCCCUGCAGGUGGUCAGAAUCCAGUUCAAAGAACAAUUAGUCCUGAUGUUAGAACCUACACCAUUACUGGCUUGCAACCUGGCACUGACUACAAGAUUUAUAUCUAUGCGCUGAAUGAGAAUGCUCGCAGCUCCCCAGCAGAACUUGAUGCUUUCACUGCCAUUGAUGCACCGUCCAAUCUGCACUUCCUCACAACUACAAGCAACUCCUUGUUGAUCAAUUGGCAACCACCACGGGCCAAGAUCACAGGCUACAUAAUCAAAUAUGAGCAAGUUGGUGGCCCAACCAGGGAGCUACUUCCUCGUCCUCAUCCUGGUAUUACUGAGGCCACUAUCACAGAUCUGGAGGCAGGGACAGAAUAUAUCAUUUAUAUAACUGCUGUGAAGAAUAAUCAGAAGAGUGAACCAUUGAUUGGAAGGAAAAGAACAGAUGAGCUACCCCGGCUGGUAACUCCACCGCAUCCUGGUAAAAGGGUGACAGAGAUCUUGGAUGUGCCUUCUGUUCUGGAGAAUGUACCUUACCUCACAAACAACCCGUAUGACAAUGGAAAUGGUAUCCCAAUUCCAGGUUCUUCUGGUCAGCACUCCAUCCUGAGCAACCCAGGUCAACAAGUCAUUGUAGAAGAAUUUGGGUCUCGAACCCCCACAACUCCAGCAACUCCAGGAAGGGCUAAACCAAGUAGGGAAGAACAACCAGUGGUGGUGAUCCGUCAUCCCAUUCAAGUUCCUGAUGUUGACAAACCCUCUUAUCAUCAUACCCUUCUAUUGAAGGAUAAUUACACAAGGCCCCAGGAAGCACUUUCUCAGACAACUAUCUCAUGGACACCUUAUACAGAUAGCUCCGAAUACAUUAUUUCUUGCCAGCCUGUUAGUGAUGAAGAAGAACCUACUGAGAUCAAAGUUCCUGGUGUAUAUUCUAGUGCUACUCUUACGGGUCUUACUAGAGGGGCAACCUACAACAUCAUAGUAGAAGCAGUUAAAAAUCAGAGAAGACACAGAGUUCUUGAAGAGAUGGUCACAGUGGGCAAUAAUGUUUCUGAAAGAUUAAGCCCACCCACUGAUGAUGCAUGUUAUGAUACCUUCACUGGUUCUUUCUAUUCCAUUGGGGAUGAAUGGGAAAGGAUGUCUGAAACGGGAUUCAAAUUGUGGUGCCAGUGUUUAGGCCUUGGUAGUGGACAUUUCAGAUGUGAUUCUUCAAAGUGGUGUCAUGACAAUGGGAUAAACUAUAAAAUCGGUGAGAAGUGGGAUAGGCAUGGAGAGAAUGGCCAGGUGAUGAGCUGCACUUGCCUUGGAAAUGGAAAAGGAGAAUUCAAGUGUGACCCUCAUGAAGCAACUUGUUAUGAGGAUGGCAAGAUGUAUCAUGUAGGAGAGCAGUGGCAGAAAGAAUAUCUUGGGGCUAUCUGCUCAUGUACUUGCUACGGAGGACAACAGGGCUGGCGUUGUGACAAUUGCCAUAGACCUGGUGCAUCUGAAGGUUCUCCUAGUCAAACCUAUUCACAGAGAGAGCAACAAAGCACAAACACUAAUAUCCAUUGUCCAAUUGAAUGCUUCUAUCCCUUACAUCCACACUCAGAUGCACAGAACCGACGUGGAGAUUAAUUAUCAAGAUUUUAACAUCAAGCAAGAAGAGGUUGCAGCCAACACUAUACUAUAAAUGCUACUAGGAGAAAGCAGAUCUAUCUUAUCUUGUGGUAAUGAAAGCAUUCAGCUAUCAUAUUUGAGCUUCAAAAAAUCUGGAUGACCACAAGUUUGUAGCAAAGAGAUACAAAACACUUUACAUUAUUUUCUGCCCUCUGGUGGUCAUCUGGAUUUUCCUAUCCCAGGCCUGAUAGCCUUACAACAGCUGCACUUCACUUUUGCUCAAUUCACAGCUUGUCCAAAGGAGAACAGUCCUGGUGCAUUUCAAAUCUUCUUUUCAGCAAGGAAGCAGAUAUGUUGUCCAUUCUUUUCUCAAAGACUUUCAGUGUUGUUCCAUAUUUUCCUUAAAGCAACUAUUGCUAAUAAUAAAUGCUCAGCAAUUCAUAAAUACCCUGAGGCCCAUAAAAGUUGGAGAGAGAAAAUGAAAAUUCAAAUGAAAAUCAAAAAAAGAAAUAUGUUCUGCUAACCAUGCAGACUUCAAUAGGAACUGCAUAUCCUAUUGCUGUGAUAUUUAUAAUAUUCACAGCCUUAAUCUUUAUAAAUGAUCCUAAUUUUUUACCCUAGCGGUAUAUAUGUAUCUUGUACUGUUAUUUAUCAACAUCAAUUUCCUUUUAUACCUCCUCCCUCCAUCUCUAAAUGUCUUUAUAUUUUUCUACAAGAAAAUACAUUAAAGACAUUUAGUAUAUCGUUGACAGAAAAAUUUGGUAUAAUUAUGGUCAGUGAUUAUUUUUUAUACUGUAAGUGCCAAAGCUUUCUGCUAUGAGAGACAAUUCUUUUAAUAAAAGGUUUCACCAAACUGUUUCUUAGAA